UGAGCUCUCACACGCCCUCGAUCAAGUCAACAUCUUUGGCUCCUGAUUGUGCAAACGCUAAACUGGCUGUGUGCAAUUGAUGCGUUCACGUGCCGUGGUUGAAAAGUGUGCUCGGCGUGUUCGCGCGCAGCUGGAAUGACAGCUGACGUCGUCACCUGGCGUAAGAAAACCCCCACCGUCCUGUUGUCGCGCUCCCCUUCCUCCCCACGUCCGAUCGCAUCGAUCGGUCAGCAUCAGCGCGGCAGCCCCGGAUGCUCGUCGCUCGGACGCCGGUUGUCUCCAGCUGGGAUUGACCGCCUUCCACCCCCCCCCUAAAACCCAGGUGCGCACUUGUCCUCCUCGGGGAUUAUUUUUAUCCGCAGAGGUGAGGAGAUGACGGCCGGGUGACAGCCCGUCAUGAUGCAGCUCUUUCUCCGGCAGCCUUGAUUUUUUUUAUUUUUUUUAUUCCCACCAAAAAGGCUGCGAAAUCCCCCACCGCCGAUCUUCGUGUUGCGUUCAAAUGCAGCGUGUUGCGUUCAAAUGCAGUUUACGCUUUCAGGACCGGCUCCUCCAUGAGAUCCACGAGAUCCACGCAAGGGCGUGAACUUGCAGACUCUUCGUAACCUACCCCCCCUUCUAGCCCCCCCUCCUCUCAUCCUCGCUCCGUUUCUGCUAUUCGCGCCCCACUUCCACGCAGCCCACCAUGGCGCUGAAAGCGGACUCCGAGGACCCGGACUGGAGACCGGCUCCCAUCGAGGUGUUCGCCAGCCGCUCCACGCUGCACGGCAUCUCGCACAUGUUCACCUACGAGCGCAUGUGCGUCAAGCGGACCCUGUGGAGCCUCUUCUUCCUGGGCUCCGUGGGCGUGCUGGCCCUGGUGUGCGUGGACCGCGUGCAGUUCUACUUCCAGUACCCGCACAUCACCAAGCUGGACGAGGUGGCCGCCCCGCUCAUGGUCUUCCCGGCGGUCACCUUCUGCAACCUCAACGCCUUCCGCUUCAGCAGGGUGACGCGCAACGACCUGUACCACGCCGGGGAGCUGCUGGCCUUGCUCAACGGCAGGUAUGAGAUCCGGGACACACACAUGGUGGAGGAAAACGUACUGCAGGUGCUGAAGGAGCGGGCCGACUUCGACAACUACAAGCCCCGCCCCUUCAACAUGCGCGAAUUCUACGACCGGACGGGCCACGACAUCAAGGACAUGCUGCUCUCCUGCUUGUACCGCGGCUUGGAGUGCAGCGCCGAAGACUUCAAAGUGAUAUUCACCCGCUAUGGAAAAUGCUAUACCUUCAAUUCCGGCCAGGACGGGCGGCCCCUGAUGUUGACCAUGAAGGGCGGGAUGGGCAACGGUCUGGAGCUGAUGUUGGACAUCCAGCAGGACGAAUACUUGCCUGUGUGGGGGGAGACUGAUGAGACGUCGUUCGAAGCUGGCAUCAAAGUUCAGAUCCACACGCAGGACGAGCCUCCAUUCAUUGAUCAGUUGGGCUUUGGAGUGGCGCCAGGAUUCCAGACUUUUGUCUCCUGUCAAGAACAACGACUGACGUAUCUGCCGCCGCCGUGGGGCGACUGCAAGGCUACCCCGAUGGACUCAGACUUUUUCAGCACGUACAGCAUCACGGCCUGCCGCAUCGACUGCGAGACCAGAUACCUGGUGGAGAACUGCAACUGCAGGAUGGUGCACAUGCCGGGAGACGCCCCGUACUGCACCCCUGAGCAGUAUAAGGAGUGUGCAGACCCAGCCUUAGACUUUCUGGUGGAGAGGGACAACGACUACUGCGUGUGCGAGACGCCGUGCAACAUGACGCGCUACGGGAAAGAGAUGUCCUUCGUCAAGAUUCCCAGUAAAGCGUCCGCCAAGUACCUCGCCAAGAAGUUCAACAAGACGGAGCAGUACAUAGCAGAUAACCUUCUGGUUCUGGAUAUCUUCUUUGAGGCCCUCAACUACGAGACCAUCGAACAGAAGAAAGCCUAUGAACUGGCAGGCCUUCUGGGUGACAUCGGGGGCCAGAUGGGCCUCUUCAUCGGCGCCAGCAUCCUCACCAUCCUGGAACUCUUUGACUAUCUCUACGAGGUCAUCAAGUACAAGCUGUGCCGAGGCGUGAAGAAGAAGCACAACGGCCGCAACAACAACGACCGGGGAACUGUGCUGAGCCUGGAUGAUGUGAAACACCAUGCCUCGUGCGACAACCUGCGCACGCCGUCCACGUACCCGGGCAACAUGCUACCUCAUCACCCCGCCCAGGGAAACUUCGAAGACUUCACCUGCUGAGCGCGGCGACGUGGGAGUGAAGCGUGCGGCGCUGCAACCAAAGUCGACCACACAGCAGGACUAUCGGCCGCCAAGAAACUGACGCUCGCAGACGCACUUUUGUACGCGACGGCCGGAGGAACUGUCCGCCCCCAGACUGAACGUGAGCGUUUCUGAUCCAUUUCAUGCAGGACUCUUGUUUAUUUACCCUGGCGGAGCACUGCCGCUAAGAGAGACGCCGCGCCAAGACGGACCCGCCGUAAAAACAAAAGGGAAAGUGUACAAAUAUCUCACGGUAGAAAGAAAAGAAAAAAAAAGACGCUUCAUAUACGUCACCAGGAGAGGGCACACAUCCUUCCUUGCUUACAGCACAUGUAGCCACAUCUUGGUGUGUUCACAGCCAGCACUGGCGGCCAACAACAACUUCAGGUCCCAUCGUGUAAUGCGGGGGUGUCCACACUACGGCCAGCGAGACGUAAACAUGAGUUUAAUAAGGAACCUGCCCCGCCGGGUGUUUCCAAAUUAAUUUGGAGUAUCUGACAAUCUGAAAAAAAAUGCCGCUCCCUGGUGGACUAUGUGAGUUGAUCAGGUCAAUGACCAUGAAAUGGGAAUUUAAGUGAAUUAAGUACAGCAUUUGUUUAUAUGACCCAAUCCAAACAACCUUCCCUAGUCAUGGCGCAAAAAAAAUAAUUGCAACCAACACAUAACGUCAACACACAUAACACAACCUGCUCACUGAACUUUGUGGAUAUUAUCAAAAAACGUCCACGCACCAUAAAAAAAAUUCAAAAUUCAGGUUAAUGAGCAUGGAUUUGGAUUGGAAGUGAAUCACUACAGCAUUUAUUUAUAUGACCCAAUCCAAACAACAUUCCCUAGUCAUGGCGCAAAAAUAAAAAUUCAACCCACACAUAAAAUCAACACACAUAACACAACCUGCUCACUGAACUUUGUGGAUAUUAGCAAAAAACAUCCACGCACCAUAAUAAAAAAAUGCAGGUCAAUGACCAUGAAUUUGGAUGGGAAGUGAGUCACUACAGCAUUUAUUUAUAUGACCCAAUCCAAACAACCUUCCCGAGUCAUGGCGCACAAAAAAAAAAAAAAAAUUGCAACCAACACAUACAUUUAAUACACAUAACACAUCCUGCUCACUGAACUUUGUGGAUAUUAGCAAAAAACGUCCACGCACGAAAAAAAAAAAUCUAAAUUACAGUUAAUGACCAUGAAUUGGGGUUUGAAGUGAAUCACUACAGCAUUUAUUUAUAUGACCUAAUCCAAACAACCUUCCCUAGUCAUGGCGCAAAAAAAAAAUGCAACCAACACGUAAAGUCAACACACAUAACACAACCUGCUCACUGAACUUUGUGGAUAUUACCAAAAAACAUCCACGCAGCAUAAAAAAAAAAUCAAAAUUCAGGUUAAUGAAGUGAAUCACUACAGCAUUUAUUUAUAUAACCCAAACCAAACAACCUUCCCUAGUCAUAGUGGGAAAAAAAUGCAACCAACACAUAAAGUCAACACACAUAACACAACCUGCUCACUGAACUUUGUGGAUAUUAGCAAAAAAACGUCCACGCACCAUAAAAAAAUUCUAAAUUGCGGUUAAUGACCAUGAAUUUGGAUUUGAAGUGAAUCACUACAGCAUUUAUUUUUAUGACCCAAUCCAAACAACAUUCCCUCGUCAUGGUGCAAAAAAAAAAUGCAACCCACACAUAAAGUCAACACACAUAACACAACCUGCUCACUGAACUUUGUGGAUAUUACCAAAAAACAUCCACGCAGCAUAAAAAAAAUCAAAAUUCAGGUUAAUGAAGUGAAUCACUACAGCAUUUAUUUAUAAACCCAAACCAAACAAUCUUCCCUAGUCAUGGCGGGG